AUGGCGCGUAUAGGUGAAGGAGAUCCGCGCUGGAUUGUGAAUGACCGUAAGGAUGGACAGAAUGUGAACGCUUGGCACUGGGAAGAACGGGACCUCUCCAACGACUGCCAUGAGGAACUCAAGCGCAGACUUAACAACUUCAAGUUAUGCAGCGAUGACGAUGGUUACAACCUUCACAUUUCGGAGGUGAGUGAAAUCUCUGGAGACGUGACGGUUGCACAGCGCAAAGGAAAGAUGAUGUGUUACUUUGAACUUAAACUAACAUUGAAGUGGUCCGGUGAGAAGGAGGUGUCGGGUAAGAUGACUGUUCCAGAGGUUGAUCACGAUAGCUUCCGCGACGAGUACGAUAUCGUGGUUACGACAACGGAUAACAAAGAUGAGACGCAGAGGGCUGAGGCUGUCGUGCGUGCGAAGGGUCGUGCAGCAGUCCGUGGCGUCAUCACCAAAUACUUCGAAGAGUUGUUUGAGACCUAUCAAAUCGGUAAGAACCUGAAGAACGGAUCAUCGCUGCCGCCCCCACCUCCACAGAAUAACAAGUCGGCAAGCACCCACGAAAAACCUACAACGAGCUCAGCAGGUGGUAAUGUAUCGUCCACAAACUUUUCGUGGAAGAUGCGGUGGAGAAUUCCUGUUGAGGAGCUCUUCACUGUGCUUAUGAAUGAGCAGCGAGCCUCAGUAUACACGCGUGCCCCCGCGAAGAUCGACCCCCGCUCGGGAGGCAUAUUUGACUUCCUUGGUGGAGUCAUCACGGGUUUCUUUGUUGAAGUGGUGCCAAAUUCAUUAAUUAAGAUGCAAUGGAGGCUUCGCAGUUGGCCGAGCGGCAUCCACAGCUCCGUUGUCAUGUCGCUGGAACAAGAAGAACAGGGGGUGACGUUGCUGGAGUUUGCUCAGGUGGGCAUUCCGGAGGGUGAACUGCAGAACGUGAAGGAAGGGUGGAGAGCAAACUUCUUCGAUGCAAUAAAGAUGGUGUUCGGUUACUCGUUGGAAUAUCUGUGA